AUGCAGCCGCAGCAUCAUACCAUUCCUUUCCCCUCACCUACACGCUACAACUCUAAUAAAGCUCCCACCUACUACCUCAUACCCCUCAACUCCUCAGCAUCAACCCCAAAAUCCACCGAUGAAUUCAAAAUUGCCAUAAUGGUCAAAUCCUACACCAAAUCCUACGACUACUCCUACGCCUUCCCAACCGUCUGCCUCGCCUACUUCCUUCGCUACCCAAAUCCCUAUAGCACCCACGUGCUCUCCUCCGAUGUCAUCUCCCGCACCAUCGACGAAGCAGGUCGUCUCCAAACCACCCGGAUCCAUCGAAAGUCCUCGCGAUUGCCCUCUGCGGUGCUGAAGCUGCUCCCACAGAGCGUGCUUGGCAGUGUCAGUGGUGGCAAGUCCGAAAGCUACAUCCUAGAGACGAGCACCGUCGAUGUGAAAGAGGGGUGGAUGAAGACGGAGAGCAAGAACCUCGAUUGGACGGGCAUCUUGAGCGUCAUUGAGAAGCAGGAGUACACGCGACAGGUGCCAAAUCGGGAGGCGGAUAUCUUCAGCGCCACGGCGGGCACGACUGGUGUGAAGACGACGGUUCUGUUCCGAAGCAGACUCGGGGAUCGAUUGAGAGCUAGGGCGACGAGGUUGGGUGAGGCUGCGGCUGUUGAGGUCGAUGAGGAGCCCAAGAGGAGCUUCUUAGCUUCGUGGAGCAAAUCCGGGAUCCAGCGCAGCAUCGAGGCGAUCGCAAGCCGAAAAACCGAGAACCAAAUGGGUCACGCCAAGGAAGGAAUGAAUGUAGUCCUCGAGAGACUUCGGCAUGGUGGCCUGGUCGCUGUGCUCGAUGGGAUGAGGAAAGAUAGAGAAUCAAUGUACAAUGCGACCGAGGGUGCUUACAAGCAAUGA